AGUUGUGGGUGGUGGCUAGUCGGCGACCCAUCCGUCCGUCCGUCCGUCUGUCCGUCCGUCCGUACAUACGUCCAUACAUACGUCCGUGAAACGUGCUUCCGCGUCGCUCCGCGUCGCUUCGCCAGCGUCGACGAUCUUCAUCGAUCGUGAUCGAGACCGCGCCGCGACGAUCACGAUCGACGCGUCAUUACUCGAGAGCGUGUCGCGACGAGGAUUUUGGCGCCGAAAAUCGCACACUCGGACUGCUUCCAACGUAAAUGCGUGUGCUGCGAGUGAUCUCCCGUUGGAUUUUAGUGAAUUGAAUUGAUUUUUGCGGAAGAAGUCGAUCUCUUUCAGCAAUUAUGCGAUUUUAGUGAGUUUAAAAGCUGGCAGAGUACGAAGAUCGAACACAUCUUGCGAUCAAAUAUGGUUGAACAUUUUUGGAAAUUAAAUAUGUGGAAUAUGUCUCGCGUUAAAUAUGAGCAAUGCGUCUCUUAUCAAGUAAUCCGAUUAAAUUUUGUUGAAUUAGACAUUGAUAAUUUUUGACGAGGAAUACAUUCGAGCACGUCAUCGAAUCGAGGCGAGGAUUUUAGUUGUUGAUAUCUUCGAGAAAAGUUAGUGGCAUUUAAAACUCUGAACAAGCAGGGAAAACACGUGUUAUGAUAACAUUUUAUUGCAAUUCAAUGAAUUCACUGUCGAAUAUUUUCGGGAAAGAAUUCAUUCUUCGCGGGCAACCACGGUAUCGUUGGGAAACUUUGCGGCGCGGUUUCGCGCGGUAAUUCGAUGCAUCCAUGAUUUGCGUGCGUUUCUCGUUACGCGAACUCAGCUGAGUUGAUUUAGAAUGUACCGCGAGUUCAUUUUAUGACGGAACAAACAUAACACGGAAAUUGAGCUUCAACUGUGGAAACUACAUAUUUCGAAGACCAACAGUCGCUGCCAUCGUUCGCCAUGUGAUUUCCAGUGUAAUCAAUACUCGAGCGUGCGCGAUUAGAUUUCUUUAUUGUCAUCCGAUACUCCUUUCUAAGGAUGCAAACGAUAAUUUUAGCGAAAACGGAGAAGUCGAAAUACGAAACAUUCCCGAUAAAAGAUCGCCCACACGUUCCGUGAAGCAACAGGACUCGAGGAUCUAGCUUCGAUCACGCAAGAAAUUGCUCUGUAGUCAUUUCGUUUGAAAAUAAGCUAAUUCGAUUCGCUUAACUCGCCGCGCAAUCGAUCGGAUGGUUUUGAUCGAAGUUGCGCGGGGUAAGUGAUUGCGACGCGUACGAAGCGCAUCAGCCGCGCGAUGGCCGUCGCUUUGAGGAAGCCGCAAGGCGAAGGAAAGAUUAGCGCAAUUUUCCAGCUGAUUAUGCGCGACAGUGCGACGAAAGGAGCAGCGUGCAGAAUUCGGCGCGAGUGCAACGACGGUCCAACGAGGUCGCGGAUUUCGUGACGUUCUCAGAUUCGCAACGAUCCGAGACUCGAAGCCGUGAUUACGACGAUUGACUCUGGCAAAAAAAGAAACAAACAAUAGUCGUUAAUAGAGCGUAGGCAUGCUCUUAGUGGGAAGUGCAUAGAAUAGUUCGCCUCGUGAAAGUGGCCGGUCUGACGCUUUCCAAAACCGAAAUCGCCGCUGGAGGCACGCUUCUGUAACGAGCAUUUUUCUUCGCCGUGCUUUCUUUCUUGGACGAUUAAUCGAGCUAUCACGUGACUGGCGAAACACGAGAAAUUUAAUAUUAUUAAAGAAAGAAAAACGGCUGUUGCUCAAAUCGCGGAAUUCAAGGUGCGGAAGAGAAGACUGCAAAUUUUCAUAUAUCGCUUCAUGCGAAGUAGAUAAAGGCAAUAGUAGUAAAAUUAGAUUUCGAAGAUAAAGACGAUUCUGCGAAAUGUGAAACAAUCUUGGAUAAAAACACUUUCGUUUUCUCUUAUCUGGAUUGUAUUUUCGGCGAGAGAUAGUUUGUCGUCCGAUUUUUGGAGCAGACAUGCGCAGUCGUGAAUGAUUAAUCUCUGAUAGAAAAUUUCAACUUUUGGAGCUGUGUCAUCACUGAAAUAGAGCGCGAUACUAAUCGUGUAAAAUAAAUUCUCGAAGGGCGUAAAUAAAUGAGCGAAUAAAUAAUUAAAGUUUAAAUUUUUUAAAUAUAUUCCGCUCUUCCAAGAUCGGCGAAGUACACGAGCGGGAACGUGAGUAGAAUUCAGAUACAAAGGCCUUCGAAGGCCCUGAAGUAUCCCUGAUUAAUGCUGAAGAGAGGAAACGUGAAGUACAAAACUGCUUCGUAGACCGAUGGUAGAUCUACAUCUUGCUCCAGGUAACGAGAUGACAAGAUAAUUCGGUGGAAGGCGAACGCGCAACAUAGUCGAGCGAGUUUCUAUAUCAGAGGAACCUCGAAAUCGUGCAGCCGAGCUAUUAAACCAUCAAGCUACUUUUUUUUUAUUUCACGAAGGCCCCGAAAUACAAAAUAACGAGACGCGAUAAAGAAACAAGUACGGAAACCGCGUUUUAUCGCGCGCAGAGUUCAAAAAGUGUGCAAUGCAUUCGGUGCGUGUCUUGCUGAUCUGAAGACGUCAACAAAUUGCAGUAUAACAAGAAAUAUACAAGCACGGAUUUUCGCUAUAUCGGAAGCUGUGAAUAGAAGAUCGACGGAUAAUUUCGGUGCUUUAAGAGCGACCUAAUAACGCUAACAAAAACGUGCAACGAUAUCGCUGCGAAAGUGCGUCAACGAAUAAUCUCGGAAUAUGGUGAGCUAACUCACCGGUGAUUCAAAGGUGAUUACGAGAGUGUGAUACGUUUUAUUUCACUGCUUCACCGGGGACACACGCCGCCAAAAUAGAGUAUCCCGGUAGCAGCGGCAUGUACGGUGGCGGUUCGGCGGGAAGCGCGGGCUACGGGGUCGGCCUGGGCCCGGGACCGGGCCCCUCGCACUACGCGACCCCUUCGGCCACGGUGGGCUAUCAAUUGGGCCCGCCGCCGCCGCCGCCACCCCCGCCUGCCUGCUCCGCCACCGCCGGAAGUCAGCUUCUGUCUUACGGGUCCGACCUAUCGCCCCAUCACAUCCAGCAAACCCACACGGAGACCCAGCAGUCGAAAAGACGGAGAUCUGACGAGGAUGAUCCGAGUGGCUGUAAAUAUAGAAGACUGGACGACGAUAACGUGCAGGACAAGGAAAGGUUUGCAAGUAGAGAGAAUCAUUGCGAGAUAGAGCGGCGGCGGCGGAACAAGAUGACCGCCUACAUCACCGAGCUCUCCGACAUGGUGCCGACCUGUUCAGCCCUGGCCCGGAAACCCGACAAGCUUACGAUCUUGAGGAUGGCGGUGGCGCACAUGAAAGCUCUCAGAGGUACCGGAAAUACUGCUACAGACAACGCAUACAAGCCGUCCUUCCUCACGGAUCAAGAGUUGAAACACUUAAUCCUGGAGGCGGCCGACGGCUUCUUGUUUGUCGUUAGUUGCGACACUGGCAGGAUUAUCUACGUAUCCGACUCGGUAGCGCCGGUGUUGAACUACACGCAGAGCGACUGGUACGGCACCAGCCUCUAUACGCAGGUGCAUCCUGACGAUACCGAAAAAGUGCGGGAGCAGCUUAGCGCAGCAGAGCCGCAGCACGGCGGUCGAGUGUUGGACCUGAAGACCGGAACGGUGAAGAAAGAAGGUCAAUCUUCGAUGCGGCUGUGCAUGGGCUCGAGAAGAGGCUUCAUAUGCCGCAUGAAAGUCGGCAAUCUGCAAACCACGGGCGACAUGGCAGCGGCCCACGGCUUGCAUCGUAUGAAGCAGAGGAACUCUCUGGGCCCGCCUGCGCGAGACGGCCAGAACUACGCGGUGGUGCAUUGCACCGGUUACAUCAAGAACUGGCCACCCACCGGUGAUUUUGUUCCCCCAUGUGUACCAGGUGUGGGUCUAGGUGACAGAGGAGGCGUUCAAACUGGUCCAGACGGUGUGGUCACGGAUGAAAAUGCCUCCACGCAUUGCUGCCUUGUCGCCAUUGGGCGAUUGCAGGUUACUAGCACACCAAAUAGUAGCGACUUAGCAGGUUCCAAUAGCAAUAGUGAAUUUAUAUCACGUCACUCUGCGGAAGGUAAAUUUACCUUCGUGGACCAAAGAGUCGGUGGAAUUUUGGGUUACACCCCAUCGGAACUCUUAGGUCAUCCUUGCUACGAAUUCUUCCAUCCGGAAGACUUGACACACAUGCGGGAGAGCUUUGAACAAGUAUUGAAGUUGAAAGGACAGGUCGUAUCUGUGAUGUACAGAUUUCGAGCCAAGAAUCGCGAAUGGGUGUGGCUGAGGACGUCGGCAUUCGCGUUCUUAAAUCCGUUUAACGAGGACGUCGAAUAUAUCGUUUGCACAAACACGCACGCAAAGUCAUUUCAUCCAAGUAGCGACGGUCAAACGGAGAGUGAAGCCGUGCCCGCGUAUGGACAGCCUGGUCUGGAUUAUUCCCUUCAGAGACAUCCUGCUAGGGACCCGCUGUACUCCGCGCAUCAUAUGAUGCAGCAUCCGGCAACCGUAGCCACAGCCAGUCCGCAACAGCCAAGGCCGUCCAGUACACAGAACGUAUAUCAGAGCUACGAGACGACACAAUCGCCGAUAGCUUACGGAUCACCUGGUCAACAAAGUGCGUCCUCAUCGGUGUUAAGUAGGAUUCAGAAGCCGGCUAAUACAUCACCAACCCCGCAAGCGUGGGCGAUUGGAAGACAGCAACCUGUGACAGAGGGCUAUCAGUACAGUCAAUUAAGUCCGUCGAGAUCACCGAGCGGACCGACAUAUACUCAGCUCAGUAGCGGCGCUAGGACACCAGCUACGCAGCAAUAUCACGCAGUCACAACAGUGCCUAAUAAUCCUGGUAUGUGGGGUUGGCAGAGUCAACAGCAUCAGACAGCGCAACCGGAUGGACAAGCCGGCGCUCAGGUAACUGCGCAGGCACAACCGCCGCAUCCUGGACAGACCGGACCUGGCACGCAGCCGCAAGAGCUGUCGGACAUGCUGCAGAUGCUGCAGGAUCAAGGCGGCUCGUCCGGCUUCGAGGAGCUGAAUAUGUUCAACACCAACUUUGAGUAGCAACGAGAAAGGCGACACGCCUUUGGGAAGCAGCUUCUACUUUAGAGGAAUUCCCCGGGGCUUUUCCCCGGUCGUUUGGUAUCAUUGUGGGGGUUGAGCCUGGGGGGGUUCUACAAUAAGCAGAAACAUAAUUUAUGACAGAAACGACGACUAGUUUCUUCCUACUAUACAUUAAAUCUGGGCAUCGCAAUCUGCACCUUCACUUCGGCAUCCGGAAGAUCAUUCGGAGAAUGGAGAUACGCGAUUUAACGAUUUAGCACCGCAUAUAUAGACUCUACGCAAAAACAAUCGCACUGGGAUUAGGAGAAGCCUAGUCUGCCGGAUUAUUUACAUAUUAUGCAUACGUAUAUACUGAGAGCUUUUUGGUUUUGUCGUGGGUAUCAGAUGUCGCCGGUACGAUCGCAACAUCGUACGAUCGCCGAUUGUUCGAAGUAGUUGUCCAAAUUGACGAACAUGGUUUCGCUGCGAAAGUGCCAUUGAGACAUCAGAUGCGACUGUACCUUCUUGACGACGAGCGAUCGAUUAGGGCUCGAAAUGAUUGUAAACGAUUAUAAUAUGCACAGAUGAAUUAUUCACAUCUGGCGUUUGAGUCAAAACGUUAAAUAUAUAUGAGCAUUUUACAUUUAUUUAUCGUUUAAAACUAAGCGCCAAAUAAUAAAAACUGAUACAAGUAAAUGAUAAGAAAUGUUUUAUUUUCAGUGCAUCAAAAGCGCAUUUUGAUGCGCUGCGAUGGAAAUAAACUUGGAUUAAUUUUAAUGAAAUUGAUUUUUUGAAUUUAUGAUCGAUUUAAAUUUAAAUCGAUUUCCAUUAAUUUUUCUAAGUGAAGUGAAGUAAAUAAAUGAUUUCAAAAUAUGAAUAUAUCACGGCUACACAUUGCAGAUAUUCUAAAGAUAUGUAAGUAUGUCGUCUAAUCUGUGCUUAUUAUACAUCAGACGAUGUAAUUUUAAUUUACAUGACAAUUUUAAUUAAAAUAUCAUGCGAUUCGAUAAGUAUUCGACAAAGAAAAAAAGGACGAAAAUAAGGAGGUGUACUCUAAACAAUAAGAAAAAGUAUUUUUAAAAAAAAAUAACUUCUCAAUCAAAUCUACACAAAUCACGGUAAUUUUAAUACCAGCUUAUCGUUAGAUAUUAUAUAUAAUUAAGAUUAGCUUAAUUAUUUUAAUUUAGAUCUUUGUAAUUAUAAACAGUGCAAUCAUAAACUGACACGCGAAAAGAAAAUCGUUCGAAACAUUGACAAUGUACAAAAAUUAUGUAAUCCACCUUUGCUUCUUUGUGCAAGACACCGUUUUUAGAUAUUCUUAAAAAAAUAUAGAUAAUGUUACACAUACGAAUAAUUGCAUUUAUAAGUAACCACGUGUGACUUAGCGCGUUUGUACGUGUUUUAGCAAAUUUCGAUGAGCACAUUCGAACGAAAUUGCAGCAUAUCAUGAUGAAUUGGGAACAUUUUUCACUAAUAUAUGAACUAUACAUAUAUGCAUGAUUUUUUUUAAUCAUCCUACAUCAAGACAAGAGUAGUACCAUCACGUUUUGACAAUAACUACCAUAUUGAGCCUGAUGCAGGCGUCAAUAUUUAUGCGCGAAUGUUAAGUACGAAUUCAUCUCUAUUAAAGAGAGAGGCUACUUCACGAAUCCUCUAUCCACUGUUAUAUAUUCCUUUACACAAUAUCCACCCACAUAUUAUAGUUCUACACGAAACAAAAA